AGAAUCGGAGCGUCUCGUGGCUGGUUGUUUACAGAGGUUUCCUUUUACGCUGCUCUGCUGAUAUCCUGUUUGGGGUUGCAAUGGAUAUUACAAGGGGAAGCCUGGAUGAAAUUUCAAGGCCAGCAUCUAAUUCGAGAAUUAAUCAUGCAACCAGAGUUUUAAGUGCAUCCUUAGAGAUUUUAACACCAGAGCCAGACCUGCCCAAGGUUGAUUUUUACAGUAAUUACACAGAAGACAAUGUGAAAGUAAAUUAUGAUGAAAAUGGAGAGGAGUAUGAAACCAAAAAGAUGCGAACUUCAGAAGAAAUUUCUGAAGGAAAAAGUAACAGUAAUCUUCAGCUUGUGAUACAGAGUACAAAUCAGGUUAAAGAGUAUUCUUCAAGCUCUGCAGAUUCUGAAGAUGACUGUAUUGAAAGUAAACUGUGUCGUUGCAGCAAUGCUCCUCAGAAUAAACUAGUUAAAUUACAAGAAGUAACAAUCGAUUCUACAAAUUUGGAAGAUACUAAGGAAAGAGAUGUAGAUCCUCUCAUCCUGAAAGCUAUACAGAAGAUGAAAAGGUUGGACAAAAUAUUGGCAAACAAGCAAUCUCAAGAGAGAGCAAUUAAAAAACAAGGCAGAGAAAUGAGAAUGAAACUCUGGGAAGAAUUUCAGUCCACAACAUCUCGAAGCUCUUCGGUGAUUACUGAAGAGGUAGAAAACACAAGCAGAUUUCUAGCUUUGACUUCACCAUUACCAGAAACACCUGACCCUCCUGCUGUUGAAGAAGAUGAAAUGAUUGGUAGUGUAUUUCACACACAGAUCCACCCAGAAAAUUAUAGUAGAAGACAAACCAAGCAAGGCUGUUUAAGUGAAGAUAGAACAAGAAGCUCAAUAAAGAAAAUGGAAAACAUGUCUAAAAAAAGUGAAACUAGCUGUAAAAAACCUCCUGAUUUUGUUAAAAAGAACAUAGAGCUGGCCAAGGAUUCCACAAAUCAAGUGGUUUUGCUGGAGGAAGAGAAGAAGAGGCUGUCAGAAUUGCUCAAAGAUACUGAAGAUGAGGGCAGUGAGCUUCAAGUCAUUGAAGAAGAAUCAACUGAAUGGUUAGUACCAGGUGAGGGAUAUACUCCUAAACCAAUGGAAUAUCACCACCUCGCAGAAAUCAGUGCUAAACUCAAAGUAGUAAUCUCUGAUGGAGAUUUGUCUGCAGUUCAGAGCUCCUGUUCAAAAGUACCCAAAGAGAUUUAUCAGGAUUCUUUGGCUUAUGCAAAUAGAAAGCUGGAAACAAUUCCAGGUGAAAAGGUCUUAAGAGACACUAAAGAAGAUCGUGAUCAGCAAAACAGGCUUAAAGAAAUUGACCAGCAACUGAAAAAUCUGGAGGGAACUCCUGAUGUACUGCCUUGUCUCUCAGAAGAGCAGCUUAAUGCACUUCUGGAAGAAUGUGUGCAAUCCUCAAGAAGAAUACACAGCCUUGCUCUGACAAAAUCACAAGGAUCUUGUCUUGAGAGAACGAGCUUCUGUUGUGACACAUUUGAAAAUGCCAUUCCAAAUUCCAGGAAUGAACUAUUAGAUGAUGUCCAGAGUGUGAGAAUGCCAGCUAACCAAGAAAUGGUUGGAGAGGAAGAUAAAGAUAUAUCCUCAAAGGAAAUGAUGGAAACCUCUGACUGUAAUCUCAGCAAGGCGUUGGUCGAAUCUCACCUGUCAGAGAAAGAAGAAAAUGAUAACCAAGAAGACCAAGAGGAGACAGCACAUACCAGUAGCUCUGAAGACUACUUCAUGUCAAUAGCCCUCAGCACAAACAGGCCAAGAAAACCUUCCUUUCUUGAUGAACCUUUUUAUUGUAGCAGCAUGAACAAUGAGCUAUCCACAGAUGUCGACAUUCCUAGCAUACCAUUGCAAACCAGAGGAGGUGAGGUUCUUAAUAAACCUUUGGAAUAA